GGGCCCCAGCCGCACGCGGGCCGGCGCGAAGCGCUCGGUCGCACGCGCCGCCGCGGGGGCGCGCGCGGUGGGGGUGUGAGGAGGAGGCGGCGGCGGAAUAGGCCGGGGCAGGUCGCGCUUGCUGCCUUCUCCCCUGAAGAGAGACGCGGGGGGAGGGGGGUGCGGCGAGCGGCUCCGCUCUCUCCCCACCGCUCCGCUCGCGCCCCAGUGUAAUGAGGGUCACCCCCUCCCCCCAGCCGGCCCGGGAGGGGGCGCGGGGCACGGUUGAUGCUGACCCAGGAUGGAUCAGACCUGUGAACUACCUAGAAGAAAUUGUUUGCUGCCCUUUUCCAACCCAGUGAAUUUAGAUGCCCCUGAAGACAAGGACAGCCCUUUCGGUAAUGGUCAAUCCAAUUUUUCUGAGCCACUUAAUGGGUGUACUAUGCAGUUAUCGACUGCCAGUGGAACAUCCCAAAAUGCUUAUGGACAAGAUUCUCCAUCUUGUUACAUUCCACUGCGGAGACUACAGGAUUUGGCCUCCAUGAUCAAUGUAGAGUAUUUAAAUGGGUCUACUGAUGGAUCAGAAUCCUUUCAAGACCCUGAAAAAAGUGAUUCAAGAGCUCAGUCGCCAAUUGUUUGCACUUCCUUGAGUCCUGGUGGUCCAACAGCACUUGCUAUGAAACAGGAACCCUCUUGUAAUAACUCCCCUGAACUCCAGGUAAAAGUAACAAAGACUAUCAAGAAUGGCUUUCUGCACUUUGAAAAUUUUACUUGUGUGGACGAUGCAGAUGUAGAUUCUGAAAUGGACCCAGAACAGCCAGUCACAGAGGAUGAGAGUAUAGAGGAGAUCUUUGAGGAAACUCAGACCAAUGCCACCUGCAAUUAUGAGCCUAAAUCAGAGAAUGGUGUAGACGUGGCCAUGGGAAAUGAACAAGACAGCACACCAGAGAGUAGACACGGUGCAGUCAAACCGCCAUUCUUGCCAUUAGCUCCUCAAACUGAAACACAGAAAAAUAAGCAAAGAAAUGAAGUGGACGGCAGCAAUGAAAAAGCAGCCCUUCUCCCAGCCCCCUUUUCACUAGGAGAUACAAACGUUACCGUAGAAGAGCAAUUAAACUCAAUAAAUUUAUCUUUUCAGGAUGAUCCAGACUCCAGUACCAGUACAUUAGGAAACAUGCUAGAAUUACCUGGAACUUCAUCAUCUACUUCACAGGAAUUGCCAUUUUGUCAACCCAAGAAAAAGUCUACGCCGCUGAAGUACAAAGUUGGAGAUCUCAUCUGGGCAAAAUUCAAGAGACGCCCAUGGUGGCCCUGCAGGAUUUGUUCUGAUCCAUUGAUUAACACACAUUCAAAAAUGAAAGUUUCCAACCGGAGGCCCUAUCGACAGUACUACGUGGAGGCUUUCGGAGACCCUUCUGAGAGAGCCUGGGUGGCUGGAAAAGCAAUCGUCAUGUUUGAAGGCAGACAUCAAUUUGAAGAACUACCUGUCCUUAGGAGAAGAGGGAAGCAGAAAGAAAAAGGAUACAGGCAUAAGGUUCCUCAGAAAAUUUUGAGUAAAUGGGAAGCCAGUGUUGGUCUUGCUGAACAGUAUGAUGUUCCCAAAGGGUCGAAGAACCGAAAGUGUGUCACCAGUUCAAUCAAGUUGGACAGUGAGGAAGAUAUGCCAUUUGAGGAUUGUACAAAUGAUCCUGAAUCAGAACAUGACCUGUUGCUUAAUGGCUGCUUGAAAUCUCUGGCUUUUGACUCAGAACAUUCUGGAGAUGAGAAGGAAAAGCCUUGUGCUAAGUCUCGAGCCAGAAAGAGCUCUGAUAAUCCAAAAAGGACUAGUGUGAAAAAGGGCCACAUGCAAUUUGAAGCACAUAAGGAAGAACGGAGGGGAAAGAUUCCAGAGAACCUUGGCCUCAACUUUAUUUCUGGGGAUGUGUCUGAUAAGCAGGCCUCGAAUGAGCUUUCCCGAAUAGCAAACAGCCUCACAGGGUCCAGCACUGCCCCGGGAAGUUUCCUGUUUUCUUCUUGUGCGAAAAACACUGCAAAGAAAGAAUUUGAGACUUCAAAUUGUGACUCUUUACUGGGCUUGUCUGAGGGUGCCUUGAUCUCUAAACGUUCUGGGGAGAAGAAGAAACUCCAACGAGGUCUGGUAUGUAGUUCAAAAGUGCAGCUCUGCUAUAUUGGAGCAGGUGAUGAAGAAAAGCGAAGUGAUUCUAUUAGUAUCUGUACCACUUCUGAUGAUGGAAGCAGUGACCUGGAUCCCAUAGAUCACAGUUCAGAGUCUGAUAACAGUGUCCUUGAAAUUACUGAUGCUUUUGAUAGAACAGAGAACAUGUUAUCUGUGCAGAAAGAUGAAAAGAUAAAGUACUCUAGGUAUCCUGCCACAAACACUAAGGUAAAAGCAAAGCAGAAGUCCCUCAUUACUAACUCACAUACAGACCACUUCACAGAUUGUACCAAGACAGCAGAGCCUGGAACUGAGACAUCUCAGGUUAAUCUCUCUGAUCUUAAAGUGUCCACUCUUGUCCGCAAAACCCAAUCAGAUUUUAGAAAUGAUAGUCUCUCUCCAAAAUUUAACACACCAUCAAGCAUUUCCACUGAGAACUCACUAAUGAAGGGGGGUGCUACAAAUCAAACUCUCUUACAUUCAAAAAGCAAACCCCCCAAGAUCCGAAGUAUAAAGUGCAAACAUAAAGAAAAUCCAGUUGUUUUAGAACCUCUAAUUACAAAUGAGGACUGCAGUUUGAAAUGCUGUUCUUCUGAUAUCAAAGGCUCUCCUUUGACUAGCAUUUCCAAAAGCGGGAAAGUGGAUGGACUAAAACUACUGAGCAACAUGCAUGAGAAAACCAGGGAUUCAAGUGACAUAGAAACGGCAGUGGUGAAACAUGUUCUGUCAGAGUUGAAGGAACUCUCUUAUAGAUCCCUAAGUGAAGAUGUCAGUGACUCUGGAACAUCAAAGCCAUCAAAACCAUUACUUUUUUCUUCUGCCCCUGGUCAGAAUCAUAUACCUAUUGAACCAGACUACAAAUUUAGUACGUUAUUAAUGAUGUUGAAAGAUAUGCAUGAUAGUAAGACCAAGGAGCAACGGUUGAUGACUGCUCAAAACUUGGUCUCCUAUCGGAGUCCUGGUGUUGGGGAUUGUUCUACCAGUAGUCCUGUAGGGGCUUCUAAGGUCUUGGUUUCAGGAGGCCCUACUCAGAAUUUAGAAAAAAAUGAAGAUGGCACUCAGGACCCAAUCCGUCCUAGCCCUAGUGGGGGUGACUCUGCACUGUCUGGGGAGUUGUCUGCCUCCCUGCCUGGCUUAAUGUCUGACAGAAGAGACCUCCCUGCUUCUGGCAAAAGUCGUUCAAACUGUGUUACUAGGCGCAACUGCGGGCGAUCGAAGCCAUCAGCCAAAUUGCGAGAUGGUUUUUCAGCCCAGAUGGGAAAGAACACAGUGAACCGUAAAGCCUUAAAGACAGAGCGCAAAAGAAAAUUGAACCGGCUUCCAGCUGUGACUCUUGAGGCUGCACUGCAGGGAGACAGAGAGAGUGGGGGUUCAGAGAAAGGCUCCUCAAGGGGUGGGGCAGAAGACCCUGGUAAAGAAGAACCCCUUCAAUUAAUGGGCCAUUUAACAAAUGAAGAUGGUGCCCAUUUUUCUGAUGUUCGUUUUGAUAACAAAGUCAACCAAUCUGACCCUGAUAAAAUUCCUGAAAAAGGCUCCUCUUUUGAAAACAGAAAAGGCCCAGAGCUAGAUUCUGAAAUGAACAGUGAGAAUGAUGAACCCAAUGGUAUAAAUCAAGUGGUGCCUAAAAAGCGGUGGCAGCGUUUAAACCAAAGGCGCACUAAACCUCGUAAGCGCACUAAUAGAUUUAGAGAGAAAGAAAAUUCUGAGGGUGCCUUUGGGGUCUUGCUUCCUGCUGACCCUGUAAAGAAGAGGGAUGAGUUCCCAGAGCACAGACCGCCUCCUUCGACGAACACACUAGAGGAUGCACUGACAGAUCCAAGUCAUGACGGCCGCUUAGAUUCAAUUGGGCCAUGCUUGAAUGUUUGUGAUAAAUCCAAUGCCAGCAUUGUGGGGAUGGAAAAGGAGCCAGGAAUUCCCAGUUUGACUCCUCAGCCUGAGCUCCCCGAACCAGCUGUGCGGUCAGAGAAGAAACGCCUUAGGAAGCCAAGCAAGUGGCUUCUGGAAUAUACAGAAGAAUAUGAUCAGAUAUUUGCUCCUAAGAAAAAACAAAAGAAGGUACAGGAACAGGUGCACAAGGUAAGUUCCCGCUGUGAAGAGGAAAGCCUUUUCGCCCGAUGUCGAUCUAAUGUUCAGAACAAGCAGGUGGAUGAGAAUUCUUUGAUUUCAACCAAAGAAGAGCCUCCGGUUCUUGAAAGGGAGGCUCCAUUUUUGGAAGGGCCCUUGGCUCAGUCAGAACUUGGAGGUGGACAUGCUGAGUUGCCACAGCUGACCCUGUCUGUGCCUGUGGCUCCGGAAGUCUCUCCACGGCCUGCCCUUGAGUCUGAGGAAUUGCUAGUUAAAACACCAGGAAAUUAUGAAAGUAAGCGUCAGAGGAAACCAACUAAGAAACUUCUUGAAUCCAACGAUUUAGACCCUGGAUUUAUGCCCAAGAAAGGGGAGCUUGGCCUUUCUAAAAAGUGCUAUGAAGCUGGUCGCUUGGAGAAUGACAUUACUGAAUCACAUGCUGCAUCUCAUUCUAAAGAGUUUGGUGGAGGCACUACCAAGAUAUUUGAUAAACCAAGGAAGCGAAAACGACAGAGGCAUGCUACAGCCAAGGUGCAUUGUAAAAAAGUGAAAAAUGACGACUCAUCAAAAGAAACCACAAGUUCAGAGGGAGAACUGAUGACACACAGGACGGCUGCAAGCCCCAAGGAGCCUGUUGAGGAUGGUGUAGAAAAUGAACACGGGAUGACUGCGUCUAAAAAACUACAGGGUGAACGAGGCGGAGGAGCUGCGCUCAAAGAGAAUGUUUGUCAGAACUGUGAGAAACUUGGUGAACUGCUGUUAUGUGAGGCUCAGUGCUGUGGGGCUUUCCACCUUGAGUGCCUUGGAUUAAAUGAGAUGCCCAGAGGAAAAUUUAUCUGCAAUGAAUGUCGCACAGGAAUCCAUACCUGUUUUGUUUGUAAGCAGAGUGGGGAAGAUGUUAAAAGGUGCCUUCUGCCCUUGUGCGGAAAGUUUUACCAUGAAGAGUGUGUCCAGAAGUACCCACCCACUGUCAUGCAAAACAAGGGCUUCCGGUGUUCCCUCCACAUCUGUAUAACCUGCCAUGCUGCUAAUCCAGCCAGUGUUUCUGCGUCUAAAGGUCGUCUGAUGCGCUGUGUCCGCUGCCCUGUGGCAUACCAUGCCAAUGACUUUUGCCUGGCUGCCGGGUCAAAGAUCCUUGCGUCUAAUAGUAUCAUCUGCCCUAAUCACUUUACCCCCAGGCGAGGUUGCCGAAAUCAUGAGCAUGUUAAUGUUAGCUGGUGUUUUGUAUGCUCAGAAGGAGGCAGCCUUCUGUGCUGUGAUUCUUGCCCUGCUGCUUUUCAUCGGGAAUGCCUGAACAUUGACAUCCCUGAAGGAAACUGGUACUGCAAUGACUGUAAGGCAGGCAAAAAGCCACACUACAGGGAAAUUGUCUGGGUGAAAGUGGGACGAUACAGGUGGUGGCCAGCUGAGAUCUGCCAUCCUCGAGCUGUACCAUCCAACAUCGAUAAGAUGAGACAUGAUGUAGGGGAGUUCCCUGUGCUCUUCUUUGGGUCUAAUGACUAUCUGUGGACUCACCAGGCCCGAGUCUUUCCCUACAUGGAGGGCGAUGUGAGCAGCAAGGAUAAGAUGGGCAAAGGAGUGGAUGGGACGUAUAAAAAAGCUCUUCAGGAAGCUGCUGCAAGGUUUGAGGAGUUAAAGGCCCAAAAAGAGCUAAGACAGCUGCAGGAAGACAGGAAGAAUGACAAGAAGCCCCCACCUUAUAAACAUAUAAAGGUGAACCGUCCUAUAGGCAGGGUACAGAUCUUCACUGCAGACUUGUCUGAAAUUCCCCGUUGCAACUGUAAAGCUACUGAUGAGAAUCCUUGUGGGAUAGACUCGGAGUGCAUCAACCGCAUGCUGCUCUAUGAGUGCCACCCCACAGUAUGUCCUGCCGGAGGCCGCUGCCAAAACCAGUGCUUCACUAAGCGCCAGUAUCCAGAGGUUGAAAUUUUUCGCACAUUGCAGAGGGGAUGGGGUCUCCGGACUAAAACAGAUAUUAAGAAGGGUGAAUUUGUGAAUGAGUAUGUGGGUGAGCUAAUAGAUGAAGAAGAGUGCAGAGCUCGAAUCCGUUACGCCCAAGAACAUGAUAUCACUAAUUUCUAUAUGCUCACCCUAGACAAAGACCGGAUCAUUGAUGCUGGUCCAAAAGGAAACUACGCUCGGUUCAUGAAUCAUUGCUGCCAACCCAACUGUGAAACACAGAAGUGGUCUGUCAAUGGAGAUACUCGUGUUGGUCUUUUUGCCCUGAGUGACAUUAAAGCAGGCACUGAACUUACCUUCAACUACAACCUAGAAUGUCUUGGGAAUGGAAAGACUGUUUGUAAAUGUGGAGCCCCAAACUGCAGUGGCUUUUUGGGUGUAAGGCCAAAGAAUCAACCCAUUGCCACAGAAGAAAAGUCAAAGAGAUUCAAGAAGAAGCAACAGGGCAAGCGCAGAACCCAGGGUGAAAUCACAAAGGAGCGAGAAGAUGAGUGUUUCAGCUGUGGGGAUGCUGGCCAGCUCGUCUCCUGUAAGAAGCCAGGCUGCCCAAAAGUUUACCAUGCAGACUGUCUCAAUCUAACCAAGCGACCAGCAGGGAAAUGGGAGUGUCCUUGGCAUCAGUGUGACAUUUGUGGGAAGGAAGCAGCUUCCUUCUGUGAGAUGUGUCCCAGCUCCUUUUGCAAGCAACAUCGGGAAGGGAUGCUGUUUAUCUCCAAACUGGAUGGGCGUCUGUCUUGUACUGAGCAUGACCCCUGUGGUCCCAACCCUCUGGAGCCUGGGGAGAUCCGUGAGUAUGUGCCUCCCCCAGUACCACUGCCUCCAGGCCCAAGUACUCACCUGGCAGAUCAAUCAUCGGGAGUGGCUGCUCAGGGGCCCAAGAUGUCGGACAAGCCACCUGCUGACACCAACCAGAUGCUGUCGCUGUCCAAAAAAGCUCUGGCAGGGACUUGUCAGAGGCCACCGCUGCCUGAAAGACUUCCUGACAGAACUGACUCCAGGCCCCUGACCAUAGAUAGGGUCAGGGACCUUGCUGGGUCAGGGACCAAACCCCAAUCCUUGGUAUCCAGCCAGAAGCCAUUGGACAGGCCACCUGCAGUGGCAGGACCAAGACCCCAGCUAUCUGACAAACCCUCUCCAGUGACUGGCCCAAGCUCCUCAACCUCAGUCAGGUCCCUACCACUGGAAAGACCUCUGGGGACAGCUGAACCAAGGCUGGAUAAAUCCAUAGGUGCUGCCAGCCCAAGGCCCCAGUCAGUGGAGAAAACCCCAGUCCCUAGUGGCCUGAGACUUCCACCACCAGACAGACUGCUAGUCACCAGCAGUCCCAAACCCCAGACUCCAGAUAGGCUCCCAGACAAAUCCCAUGGCUCUUUGUCCCAGAGACUCCCACCUCCCGACACAAUACUGUCAGCUGUGGUCCAGACCCUGGUAGCUAAAGAAAAAGCACUGAGGCCCGUGGACCAGAAUACUCAGUCAAAAAAUAGAGCUGCUUUGGUGAUGGAUCUCAUAGACCUGACUCCUCGCCAGAAGGAACGGGCAGCUUCUCCUCAUGAGGUCACACCACAGGCUGAUGAGAAGUUGCCAGUGUUGGAGUCUAGCUCGUGGCCUGCCAGCAAAGGUCUGGGUCAGAUACCACGAGCUGUUGAGAGAGGCAGUCUGUCAGAUUCUGUCCUUCAGCCACCUGGGAAAGCAGCGGCCCCUUUGGAGCACUCCUGGCAAGCUGUUAAAUCACUCACCCAGGCCAGACUUCUGUCUCAGCCCUCUGCCAAGGCUUUUUUAUAUGAGCCAGCAACUCAGGCCUCAGGAAGAGCACCUCCAGGGGCUGAGCAGACCCCAGGGCCUCCCAGCCAAGUCCCGGGCCUGGUGAAGCAGGUGAAGCAGAUGGUUGGAGGCCAGCAACUACCUGGACUUACUGCCAGGAGUGGGCAGUCCUUCAGGCCUCUUGGGAAGGCCCCAUCCUCCCUCUCCACUGAAGAGAAGAAGUUGGCAACCACAGAGCAGAGUCCCUGGGCCCUGGCAAAGUCCUCACCAGGGCCGGGGCUCUGGCCCAUGGUGGCUGGACAGACACUGGCGCAGUCUUGCUGGUCCACUGGGAGCACACAGACUUUGGCACAGACUUGCUGGUCUCUUGGAAGAGGGCAAGACCCUAAACCAGAGCAAAAUACACUUUCAGCUCUUAACCAGGGUCCUUCUAGUCACAAGUGUGCAGAGUCACAACAGAAAUAAUGCCAGUAAAUGUCAUAUGACCAGACCAGCUGCCCCCAGGGUUCUUGGGGAAGGGAAAUCCUCUUUCUUUUUCCCCCUUAAAAGACAGACAGACCCCAACACUUUUCCAUGUUACUCUCUCCUUAUAUGCCAACACUCAGAACUCUUGUGACAUUAGCCAGUGGGGGCUUGUGGUUAUGUGAAUCAUGUAUGGAAAUCCAAGUGGGCCCCAGCCAAGGAGACAGACAGACUUGGGUCUCUUUGCCCCAACCUUUACCGUGUGGUCAACUUGAAAUAAAAAGUCCACUCUGGAGUGAA